GUAACUAAUCUGACACAGGUUAACUAUUAAAUUAAAGGCAACACUGUCUACACUCGACUGAACAACCAAUGCAUUUAGUUUAUUUAGACUAGAGCGAAUGGCUUGGACGUAAGUAAAGAGAUUGUAAGCUUUCGAUACAAAGCUGCUCUAUAGAAAGUCUGGAUAUGGAAUUACCACUGUAUAUGGUGGAUGCAUUCACUGAUCAGCCGUUCUCAGGAAACCAGGCAGCUAUCUGCUGGAUUGGUAACAGGACUUUGUCCGAAAAGCGGAUGCAAGAUAUUGCAGCGGAAAUAAAUCUGGCAGAAACCGCUUUUAUCUGGUCGAAGUCGAACGACUAUGUUGACGAAAAAAGCUUUGGGUUGAGAUGGUUCACGCCAACCAAUGAGGUUGCCUUAUGCGGACACGCGACGUUAGCAGCUGCAGCAACUCUGUUUCACAUCGCGGAAAACAAGAAUGACGUCGUUACGUUUUCUACUCUUAGUGGUGAUCUGUUUGCUACGAGACAAAACGAUAAGAUUCUGCUUGAUUUUCCAUUGAACAAACCUGAACCGUUCAAUCAUCUGGAUUUGAGCAGCACGAUAGACGUGACUUUACAAACUGAUAACGUUACCAGAAUAAAAGAGAUUCUGUUGUCAAAAACCGCCAAGAAACUUCUCAUUCGCAUGAAAGAUGAUUUUAGCUUGACUGACCUACAAGCUAUUCGACCCAAUUUUGAGUUAAUGAUGAAAUCGCACGACGGUUUAAUAUUCAAAGGUAUUAUCGUGACCACUAAAGGAGUAGGCGAGUACGAUUUUUUCUCACGCUACUUCGCACCCUGGAAUGGAAUACCCGAAGACCACGUGACAGGCUCUGCGCAUACAGUUCUAGCGCCUUACUGGCGUGACUUCACUGGGAAAGACGUCAUGUUAGGGCGACAGUGCUCGAAACGCGGGGGUGAUGUGCAAGUAAAAGUAAGAGCUGACGGGAGGGUGGACAUUGGAGGGAACACCAAGAUUAUCCUGAAGGGUCAUCUUUGUCUACCAGAGCAGGAAUAAGACAAUUUUCAACUUUUUGUAAGGUUAUGGUAAAAAAACGGCUCAAAAGAAUGUAUUUAAUGUUAUGAAUUAUCAUUAAUGAGCAAACAUAAAUAAGGGGCCCUCUGAAAAAA